UCAUGACAAUGGCGGUUAAACAUAAAGUCUUGCACACUCUUACAUACACACUUGUUCUUUACUCGUUGAUCUCUCGGAGCUGCUGGGCGGCCGCAGAGGAAGUGCAGUGGGAUGCGAACGGCUACGUGCUGUACUGUCCGUGCAUGGGUCGCUUUGGCAAUCAGGCAGACCACUUCCUCGGGUCCUUGGCUUUUGCAAAAAUGUUGAACAGAACUCUUGCAGUUCCACCAUGGAUUGUGUACCGUCAUCAUUCCCCACCGUACACCAACGUGCAUGUCCCCUACAGCGAGUUCUUCCAGCUGGAUGCCCUGUCUGCCUUCCACCGAGUGCUCAGUCUGGAGGACUUCAUGCAGAAGCUUGCUCCAAAGCACUGGCCGGCUGGACUGAGAAAUGCCUACUGCUUUGAGACGGCGGCUCAGAGAAGUCCGGACAAGAAGUCCUGCCCCAUGAAGGAUGGAAACCCAUUUGGACCAUUCUGGGACUAUGUCGGUGUUGAAUUUGACAAGUCAGUGUUGUUUGGUGGAAUCUCCUUCAGUGGUUAUCAUCAGACUCAGUGGCUCAGGAAGUUUCCUGCAUCGGAGCACCCGGUCCUGGCUCUGCCUGGUGCACCGGCCCAGUUUCCAGUUUUGGAGGAGCAUGUUGCCUUGCAGCGAUUCAUUGUGUGGUCAGACAAGAUGGUGGAGGAGGGGAACAAGCACAUCAACUCGAAGCUGACAAGACCCUAUGUUGGGAUUCACCUGCGGAUCGGCAUUGACUGGCAAAAUGCCUGUAAGCUGUUGGAGAGUGGUGACACGGGCUCCCACUUCAUGGCCUCGCCCCAGUGUGUGGGCUACAAUCGCCAGUCUGCUCUUCCUCUCACCAUGAACAUGUGCCUCCCGAACCUGCAGGAAAUCCGCAGGGCUGUGAAGCUGUGGGUGACCAAGACCUCUGCCCGCUCUGUCUACAUCGCCACAGACUCAGAGUCCCACAGUAGGGACCUUGAGAAACUCUUCAAGGGAAAGGUUAAAGUCGUGAGUCUUCAGCCCGAUUCUGCCCAAGUGGACCUGUACAUCUUAGGACAAGCAGAUCACUUCAUAGGCAACUGUGUCUCUUCCUUUUCUGCCUUUGUUAAGAGAGAGCGAGACGUCCACGGGCGACCGUCCUCCUUUUUUGGCAUGGACCAGCCGGGUCAGUCCAAUCCCAAAGAAGAACUCUGAGUGUCUUAGGAUCCCACUUGCGUCCCACACACUGGACUAGCAUCAGAAGGACAGUUAGAAGCUGAAAGACACUGAGGUUUAGUCAGAUUGGAGAUGUUUUGUCGUGCCCAUGGACUGCGCCACAUCAGGUGUUGAAGUGAAGAGUUGUUUCAGACCAAACCACUCAUUUCUUCUCUUCCAAUUCCACCAACACCAGAAGGAUUCCUGGUUAAUAGACACAAGUGUUAAGCUGUGUAGCCACUGUUAAGAAAUGAUUUGCACAACCGAGAUGUAAUCGAGAUUUACAGUGUACGUUUUUAC